AGAGACGGACGCCACCCCUGCCGUAUUCACUUUUCACUCGUUCGUCCAUCCUUCCACGCCCCCCACAGAACCGUCUCCCCAGCGGAGCCCGGCGCCUCACGGUCGCAAUUUAUUGCUUGCGCACCGCCUCGCCGCUUUGGCGUGGGGCGUUUGCCUGUGUGGCGCUUCGCAGGUGCCGUGGCUUGCCGCUUCCUUCGCCGUGCUCACUAGUCACCAGAGAGGGAGGAGGCUCUGGCGCUCUGCUUCUGCUGCCGCUUCUUCUUCUUCUCCUGCUGCUGCUCUUACGGAGAUAAGCAGGGGGGGCCGGGCCGGGGCAGGGGGAGGUGACAGCUGAGCUGACUAGCUGAGUGAAGCAUGGGGAUGGACGCCGGCGGCGGCAAGCUGCCGUACAGCUACGCCGGCCAGCAGGACGGAGGGAAGCUGGUGAAGAGCGUCAGCCGCGUGGAGCCGCGCAGGUUCGGCCUGGGCCUCGUGGCGGGCUUCCUCCUCGUCACCUGCGCCUACUUCUCCACCGCCAAGUUCGACGCCAUCCAGAUCGCCAUGACCAGCCGACCCGUCUCCAGCAAUGCGGGCGGCGUCGGGGUCGGCUCGCUGGAGGUGGGCGGCGUCGUCGCCGCCGCCGACACCUACAACGCCUCCAGGCAGGGAUUAGGUGAGCCGUCGGCUAAUCACUCGUCACGUCACUGGGAGGAUCUCCUCCUCCAAAGAACAGGGUGGACGGACGAACGAACCAAAUUUGGGCAAGAAAGGCCCGGGCGCGACGUCCAUGGCCGACGAGGGAAGCGAGGCCGAGGCGCUCGAGAAAGACGGCGGCAAGGCUUCUUCACCUUCGGGGCCAGGUUCUUGGUCAGGCGUUCCUGCCGCUCUCCUUCCUCCCGUGUCGUCAGAGGAAGCCGCGAACAGCACGCUGGAAUCAGGCGGUCUUGAGGACGAGGAGCUACAGGUGCAGGAUGCAGUUGCCAGUGGUUCCAAGAGGAGCAAAGACUCUGCCGCCGCCGCCGCCGCCACACGCAGCGCCAAUGUCAGCUCACCCUCUGUGGUUCACUCUCACCAUGCCAUCCUCCCUGCUCCCGCGCAGCGGAUUCCAGAGGUUAAGCAAGCAGACUCGGAGACGACGCCGGCGCGGGAGCGGGAGUGGAAGCCGCUGUGCGACGUCACCUCGAACCGGCGCAUCGACUGGUGCGAGCUGGACGGCGACGUCCGCGUGGUCGGCGCCAACGCCAGCGUGACGCUGGUGGCGCCGCCGGGCGCGGACAACCGGACCUUCCGCGCGGAGUCGUGGCGCAUCAAGCCGUACCCGCGCAAGGCGGACCCGAACGCGAUGCGCUUCGUGCGCGUGCUGACGGUGCGGUCGGUGGCGUCGGGCUCCGGCGAGGCGGCGUGCACGGACGGCGGCGACGACGACGUGCCGGCGCUGGUGUUCUCGGACCGCGGGUACACGGGCAACUACUUCCACGCGUUCACGGACGUGAUCCUGCCGCUGUUCCUGACGGCGCGGCGGUACGCGGGCGAGGUGCGGCUGCUGGUGGCCGACCUCCAGCCGUGGUGGGUGGGCAAGUUCCUGCCCGUGUUCAGGAGCAUCUCCAAGUACGAGCUGGUGGACCUGGACCGCGACCCGCGCGUGCGCUGCUUCCGCCACGUCCAGGUGGGGCUCACCAGCCACGCCGACUUCAGCAUCGACCCGCGCCGCGCGCCCAACGGCUACUCCAUGCUGGACUUCACCCGGUUCAUGCGCGCCGCCUACGGGCUCCCGCGCGGCGACGUCGUCGCGGCGGCGCCGGCGAGGCGGCCGAGGCUGCUGGUGGUGGCGCGCGCGCGGACGCGGCGGUUCGUCAACACGGAGGAGAUCGUGCGCGGCGCCGAGGCCGUCGGGUUCGAGGCGGUGGUGUCGGAAGGGACGCACGAGGUGGCGCCCUUCGCGGAGCUGGCCAACGGCUGCGACGCCAUCAUGGGCGUGCACGGCGCCGGGCUGACCAACAUGGUGUUCCUGCCCACGGGCGGGGUGGUGAUCCAGGUGGUGCCGCUGGGAGGGCUGGAGUUCGUGGCCGGAUACUUCCGAGGCCCGUCCGUGGACAUGGGGCUGCGCUACCUCGAGUACCGGAUCGAGCCGGAGGAGAGCACGCUGGUGGACCAGUACCCGCGCGACCACCCCAUCUUCACGGACCCCAACGGGAUCAAGAGCAAGGGCUGGGAGUCCCUCAAGGACGCCUACCUCGACAAGCAGGACGUGAGGCUGGACAUGGAGAGGUUCCGGCCGACGCUCCAGGAGGCCAUCGCGCACCUCAGGAAGGCCAAGGCCAAGGCCAAUGGCGACGGAAACAACUAGGCAUCGCCGUGCGUAUGUAGCGUGUUCAUUCGUCCUCUUAUUAAUCUACUCUUCUUUUUCUUCUUUCCUUUUCGGGUUAUGUCGGUGUAUGUAGCGUGCAGAAAUCGAGCAAAUGUAUGAUAUGUGGCAGGGAAAGAAGCUAGAGCGAAUAAUAUAUUCUCUCUCUUGUCAUCCA